CUCUGCAAAGCAGAGCAAGCAGUGCAAGAGAAAGCAGGGGAGAGGGAGAGAGCUAGUGCUGGAGCUGCUUCGUCUGACUUGGAACUGUCUAAGUCUGGAUGUCCCCCACUUUAAAGAGAACCCCACAAGACUCCAACCCUGCAGAUUAGAAGCCCCAGCAGCUACCAUGGAUGAAGCUAUCCACAGUUUGCAGGAGAGACAGUUACUGGAGCACAGAGAUUUCCUGGGAAUGGACUACCCCUCCUUAUACCUGUGCAAGCCCAAGAGGGGAAUCAAGAGAGAUGACAGCAAGGAGACCUAUAAACUGCCUCACCGACUCAUUGAGAAAAAGAGGAGAGACCGAAUAAAUGAAUGUAUCGCGCAGCUGAAAGACCUUCUGCCUGAACAUCUCAAACUCACGACAUUGGGGCACUUGGAGAAAGCAGUGGUGCUGGAGUUAACUUUGAAGCACUUGAAAGGUUUAACGUCCCUGACGGAGCAGCAGCAUCAGAAGAUCAUCUCAUUACAGAACGGAGAACAUUCAAUGAAAAAUCCCAUCCAGUCAGAUCUGGACGCUUUCCAUUCCGGUUUUCAGACUUGUGCCAAAGAAGUUCUGCAGUACCUCUACCGGUUUGAGAGCUGGUCAGCCCGGGACCAGAGGUGUAACCAGCUCAUCAACCAUCUCCAUACUGUGUCCAGCCAGAUCCUGCCCAGCUCUCAGCUUCUGUUACAGCAGAUUCCUGGUGGGAAAGCACCUUCGCCAUCUCCGUCUCGAGGGGUUCAAAAAGUAGAGAACCAAGCAAACUGUGUUCCGGUCAUUCAAAGGACACAAAACCUGGAAUUGAGUGAAAAUGACACUGAUACCGACAGUGGGUAUGGGGGUGAGGGGGAGAAGAUGGAGACUAAAAAUGAGGGACAAAGUGGUGGCAAGGGCCAAGAAGCCAACAGUGUGAAUGUCAAACAGGAGCCACUGGAUGAACCGUCACCUAAAAGGUUUAAGGCAGAAUGCUCAGGAUUGGGAGGGCCAGCCAUUGGCUCUGACCCUAUUCUCAGACCUGAUGCCAAUCUUCUCAACACUUUGAUGGGAUUUGGAAGUGGUUCUUUUGGUCAACAAGCACCUUUCUGUUUACCCUUUUACUUAAUCUCGCCCUCGGCAGCAGCUGCAGCAGCGGCAUAUAUGCCAUUUUUAGACAAAGGUGGUUUGGAAAAAUACUUGUACCCAGCGGCUGCCCCAAUCCCUUUCAUCUAUCCAGGAAUCUCAGCCCAGGCAGGAAGCACUUUCCCAUGCCUCUCCUCUGUUUUGUCCCCCGAAAAGAUGCCAGGCUGUUUCUCAGCCCUAUUGUCAGAGCUCCCGGCAUCACCUUUCCAAGCUGGUGGUCCUACCUCACUGGCCACUGAGGACCUUCGGGAGCCUUUACAAGACCUCUUGCAGCCUCCUAAGGAGAACUGAUUAUAAGACACUGGGAAUUUAAGCAAAAAAUCUAUAUACUUAUAAAUAUGUAUGUAUAGGGAGCCUCUCAUUUUUGUAGCAAGUAUUGAAGUAUCUUACUGGAUCAACAUUAGGGUUGUAUAUUGAUGGGACGGAUAAUGGCUGUUUUAAUUUAACUCACAAAGUGCUAGUUUAGUCAAGUGGAGGUUAUAAGUGGAAGGCAUGUAAGUCUGAAUAUACUUUUUGUUUGACGCCCAAUCCCCCCUCCCAGCGCCUGGUUAAAAAAACAUAAAGAUGUAGGGCAAAAUUAAGAAAAUUACACAAAGUGUACAAAAAAAGCUGGUGACUUUUAUCAGGUGAACUAUUUUUUGUCAGGCAGGCAUAAACAGUCAUCUUAUAUAGACUAUAGAUGACUCCCUUUAGGCUAGACAAGUGGGACGUCCAAAAAUAGCAGAUUCUCAGCAGAAUACAGAAUGAAAAAAAUAUAUAAAUAAUAUAUAUAUAUAUAUAUAUAUAUAUAUAUAUUAUAAUGUGUAUGUAGAUGGUCCACCAACUUUUCUAAAGUAUAGGUGGAGAAAUUGGAAUAAAGAAAUUCCAUUUUUAUCGCAAUUGUUAUUAAAGCUAAAAAGUGAGUCUAAUAGUCACAAUUUAAAAAAAAAUUAUAAAAUUUUUAUACGCUACAUAUUUUUCGGCUAUCAAACUCUCUCAUAAAGUUUUUAAAAAAUCCCAAAAUUUUGUGAAAAAUCUUCACCUUUUUUUGUUAAUACAAUUUAUUGUAAUAAUCAACUUAAUUCAUGAGCUGAGAUUUCAUUUUCAAAAAGACAAAAAUUCAAAGCAACAGUCCCAGCUAAUAGAAUUCUACAGUAGACAAUCAUAGUAGAUGUGGUAGUCGGGUCUUUCCUCUGCCAUGUACAAAAGACACCUGCCAAGCAGCGUGAGAAUAAUGGGUAAUUAUUCCAGUAGAUUUUAUGCCGUAACCUGUUAUAUAAGAGAGGUGUAAUUAUACCUUGUUUGGCAGAUAAAGAAUAUUGUGUUCUCAGCUCUUUCACCGAAAUGGGCUCAGCCAAUACAUUAUGUAAUCAACCUCUUACGUAGAUUAUUUAAUUGGGCAAAAGCAUGCCUCGGCCCAUGUGACUUGCUAGUAUGUUUAUAGACUGUAGGUUUGUUGUACUACGUCUCCUCCCUGUGACCACACAAUAUGAUCCUGUGUCCCAGCCAGAGCCAUCUCCAUUUAGUGUUAAUGUUGGUCUUGUAUCCAUGGGUUUGGGGGCAAUGAAGUUUUGCAUUUUUUUUUAUUUGUUUUGCUGUAAAAACAAAGCCUGAAUUGUGUUUAAAAAAAAAUAAUCUAAAUUCAGAAUCCUUCCAUUUAGGGGGGAAAAAAUAGAA